GAUUCAAGGAGUAGUCAGACCACCAUGGCCCAGUCCAAGAUCAAGCUUACCUACUUCAACGCUAAAGGGCGCGCCGAGAUCUCCCGACUGAUCCUAACGGCAGCGGAGAAACCGUUUGAAGACGUCCGCAUUGAAUCGUCGCAAUGGCCCAGCCUCAAGGCCCAAACCAAGUUCAACUGUCUGCCAACCCUCACUUGGGGGGAAAGAACUAUGGACAGAGCAUGGCUAUUGCCGCCUUCUUGGCUAGAGAGUUCGGCUUGUAUGGCAAAGGUAACGUAGAGGCUAUGCGAGUGGACGAGGCGAUAAACGUCUGUUUGGACUUUCAAAAGUCCAUGAUGCAACUGUUCCAUGCGAAGGAUGACGAGAAAAAGGCUGAAGUCAUGAAGACUGUCGGAGAGGACCUCGUCAAAUACUUCACGAUGUUGGAGAACUUGCUCAAGGAGAAUGGCAGCAACGGCUUCUUCGUUGGCUCUAAGCUUACAUGGGCUGAUCUCUUCGUGUUCGAUCACCUUGAGAGAGCGGACAAAUUCAAGGAAGACUGGGGCACCAGCUUUCCCGAGCUGAAGAAGCUGAAAUCCAAGGUGGAAUCCAUCCCCGCCAUAAAAAAAUACCUGAGCUCGAGGCCGGUGACAGCCUUCUGAGCUACUUCAUGUGCAAUUUUAUUGUGACGAACAAUUAUUUAUAUCCAACCUUUAGUUACUAGCUCUGAUGUUGUGACUGAAGCUGUUUUUCAAUUGGACAAUGUUGGACUUUGAAAUGUUUCUGAUGUAGGUUAAGCAUGUAGUUAUGCUGAAUUGUUUUAUGAUGGUGUUGAAGCUGAUAGCAGCCUGCACUAUGCGCGUACUUUGAAUCGCCAAUAAAUAAAUAAAAAAUC